GUUGUACCGCCGCAUGUCUGCCGCAAGAUUGCUUCCCGCCAAUAUGUUCGUUGCGCGUGGUCCCGCUUUCCGCGCUGCUGCUCCUGGCCCAACAUUAUUAACGGUUUCCCCUUGUUACUUUAGCAGGACCGAGCGUGACCUUGCGGUGUUUUCUAAGUUCCGCUGGUCUAUUACAACCUACUUACACGCUGGACACGGAAGCCCUCGGAAUCCACGACUGCACGCAUACUACAGUUCCACAGUGGCUGCAAUGACUGAUGCGGUUGCGAAUGUAAUUGCAGAAGGAAGUGCGCGCAUUAAGCUACCAGAAGGCGUUUUUUACAAUCGCGUUCAGGAAUUCAAUCGUGAUCUUACGGUCGCCGUUUUGCAGUGGUUUCAGAAGGUUCACAAAAAGGAGUGGUUAAUGAAGAACGAAAAGCGCUUGAACUCGCCUUCCCGGCUUUCGCAGUCCCAAUACAGUGGAUUACGAAUUCUAGAAGCUUUAGGUGGUUCUGGCAUACGAUCCGUUCGGUUCGCUUUGGAAGUUCCUAAUAUCGGAGAAAUAGUUUGUAACGAUUUGGAUGAGAGGGCCGUCGAAAUGAUUCACCAAAACGUUUUACUUAAUGGAGUCAAUAAGUUCGUCAAAGUCUCCAAUUUGGAUGCAGUGAACCUGAUGCAUGUAUACAAGGAGUUUUCCAGCCGGUUUAACGUAGUGGAUAUUGACCCAUUUGGAUCUGCCAGCCCGUUUCUGGAUGGAGCAGUACAAUGUCUUCAUAGCGGUGGACUGCUUUGCGUAACUGCAACGGACAUGGCGGUUAUGUGUGGUAGCACCCCCGGAACCUCAAUGGGCAAAUAUGGUGGCAUGGCAGUCAAAAACAGCGCACAGCAAGAAACGGUUUGUACCAUUACUUUUGUGUUUCUUCCAUACUGGACUAUUUGCCUUUAUGCUGGUUUCGUCAGCUCGAGUAGUGCCAGGUAG